AUGCGUAAGUCAAAUUUCAUACAGAAAAUCGUUGAUAAUCCGUUGAUUCAGAUAUUGCUCAAGGCCUCAUUGAUGGUGUCCUGGUGUUAUCAAGGUUGUUCAGAAUUGGAUAAAUUAUUUCGUUUAUAUGAUACUCUUUUAGAUCUGAAUAAUAAUAAUCUCUCCGAGUAUUUUCAAAGUAGAACACUAGUAUAUUAUAUGACACUACGUGAUAAAUUCAUUGAUUAUUUCUCAUAUAGGCAGAUUAAAAAGACUUUGCAUUUUCGAAGUAUUAUCAAUAUAAUACAAGUUUUUAGCUGUGUUGAAUACCAUUCGCUACAGAUUACCAUAGGUCGAUUAAAUUACCCAUAUAUUUAUAUACUAUAA